UACAUUCAAAUACAUUUUAAAAAAUCGUGAGCGUGACUAUUUUUUUUAAUGUCUUUUUUUUUUACGCAUGCCUAAAUUGCGAAUCAAAAACGCUGUUUUGCACGCUGCGCCAGUUAUACCAGAUAAGUGUACUAAGCACCGGGGUGUUGUUUGAUACACAAACUGUGUCGUCAGUCUGGAAUAAAUUUUCCGUCCGGUAGAAUCGAUUGGGCAAGAUAUCUACUGAGACGUUCAUGGUGUUGAUUAAAUAUCUUCCAGAGUCACAAGACAACUCACAUUUUCCAGUAGUGUACCAUGGUCUUACAUUACUAACACGUGUUUUAGAAAGCGCAGGUAAUGCUUUCUUUAACACGUAUGAACGUAAAAAUUUAAAGCAAGAUAUCGAUGCCGAGUGUAACACGCAAAAAACAUUUGAAAGUGAAGACAAAAGCUGUUUUUCCGAUUCAUGGAGUAGUGGUAAAGCGACAAAAGGAAAAGCUCAACCAAGAGCAAACGCAAAAACAGCAAACGCUCCUUCUAAAUUGAAGCGCUUAAUUAAAGGACCGAAUCUUUAUUCUGUUUUAGGAUUACAAGAAGGAUGCAGUAUGGAUGCGAUAAAAAAGUCGUAUCGUCAAUUAGCUCUACAGUAUCAUCCUGAUAAGCAAAAAUCUCGAGAAAAUACGCAACAACCUAAAAUACCAAAGUCGAAACAAGUUCAUGAAUUCGUUUCUCAGAACACAAUUAGAAAACCGAAAAAUUUAGAGCAUUAUUCAGAUAAAAUGUUUUUUCUUUUAAUUCAAGACGCUUAUAAUGCUUUAAGUGAUCCAACUUUUCGUCGAGAAUACGACUCAGCACUUCCCUUUGAUGAUUCCAUUCCUUCAGCUUCUGAUAUGGAUGCAACUGAUCCACAAUCUUUUUUUACUGUAUUUUCUCCUGUGUUUCAGCGUAACGCAAGGUGGUCAGCAAAAAAAAACGUACCAUCUUUGGGAAAUUCAAAUACUUCAAUAGAGGAGGUUCACAGAUUCUAUAAGUUUUGGAGACAUUUUGAUACCAUACGCGAAUUCUCAAUUCAUAAUGAAUAUGAUUUAAUUGAUGCCGAAUGUCGUGAAGAACGACGUUGGAUGGAAAGAGAAAAUAUGAAAAUUUGCCGUAAAUAUAUAAAGGAAGAUAAAUUAAGGAUCAGUAAACUUGUGGAACUUUCUUUUAGUUUAGAUCCAAGAAUUUUAAAAGAAAAGGAAGUUGAAACGAAAAAAAAGAAUAAAGUGAAGAAUGAACGACAACGAUUACAUGAAGAAAAAUUAGAAAGGAAUAGGUUAGAAGAAGAGCGCAAGAUUCAGGAAAAAAAAGCUUUUGAAGAAGAGUUUCAGCUUAAAGAAAAAUUACGUCUUGAAGAUAGACAGCGUUACAAAACAUUACUUAAACAAACGAGAAAAAACAUUCGUCUUUUAUGUGAAAAUGCAGUAACCACGCAAGUUUUAGAUGGUGACCAUCUCCACGAAGCGUGUUUAAAUAUACCAUUAGACCAAUUAAUUUUACUGGAAAAAUCUUUACAAGAAAUUUCAGCUAAGGAAUCAUCUACACAAGAAAUAUCUAAUAAAAUUUAUGAGUUUCUUGAUGCAAAUAACAUACAAGUUAAAAAAAUUGAUACAGAUUCACUAGAACAAGAAACACAAAAGAAAAAAUCAAGCAACGUUUCAAAUGAUUUUUGGACUCCUGAACAAAUAUCACUAUUAGAGAAAUCUCUUGAAAAAUAUCCUGUUGGAACAGUACGACGUUGGCAACUUAUUGCUGAAGCAGUUGGUGUAAAAAACAUAAAACUUGUUAUUGAGAAAAGUCGAGCAUUAGCAAAUAAAACAUGUAUAAAAAAUAAUGAAAACGUUCCCGGUGAAACAACCAAUGAUCCAAAAACCGUUACUAAAAUUCCGUUUCAAGUCGACAAUUGUGUUACGACUACUCCUACCUUACCGGUUCAACAUACAUCUUGGACGAAUGCUCAACAACAAGCUCUUGAAUCUGCUUUACAAUCUCAUAAAGGGUGCUUAACUCAAAAAGAGGAAUGGCAUGCUAUUGCUCAAGAAGUUCCAGGAAAAACAGCAAAUGAUUGUUUUACCCGCUUUAAAGAGGUACGAGCUGCAAUAUUAGCGUCUUCGGGCUUUCAAAAUAACUCAUUUUAAAGAAAUAAUAAAUACUCGAAUUUCUUCUGUAAAUGUUCCCGUUUAACUAUUUUCAUUAUGUGUCUUUAAUGUUAACCACCAAAAGGUUGUAGGGUAGUUUCAAAAUCAACUCUAAAGAUAUAAAUGAGUGUCAUAUAUUAUAAAAGUGAAAAGGUUUUCGUGGAUUUUUUAUUUAAUUUUAUUAAAACAUCCAUUUUUUUUGUUGAUGUUAUCAAACUUUUUGAGUUUAUUAAAAAGAAAAUUAUAAUAUUACAUUAAAAAUAUUUUUUUUAGAAAAAAAAAUUAAUCUGAAGCAUCAGAAGUUUACAAAGAGCAUUUUCGAGUAAACCUAAUUGUUAAAAUGAAUUUUGAAAAAAAUAAAUAAUAGCAUAUGAAGAAAUAAAUUAAUUUGUUUUUUUUUUAUUAACUGAAUAUUAUGAUUUGAAAUACUUCAAGGAAAAUUAAUUUUUUUUA